AUGAACGGCCACUGCAUCGUGAGCGAUGCUCAGAAUAUGAUUAUAAUCCACCCUGACCACCUUAUAUCCGCAACGGUUAUAGCGGACUCGAUCAGCUGUCAACGCAGGGCCGUGCUUCAAGAACGCACAAAGCGAACGUCGGACCUUGGGAAGCCACAAGUAUUCGGUAACAUCUUCCAUGAGUUGUUCCAGGAAGCCAUGAAGUGGAAUCGAUGGGAUACAGCGUUUUUGAGGACAUUGAUUGAAGAUAUUGCAGUGAGACAUGUUGAAGAGCUAUAUCUGAUCCACAUGAGCAUCAACGAGGCCGUGGACCAUGUGAUGAGUAGAAUACCAGGAAUACAGCGUUGGGCAGAGCUCUUUCUUCGUCGGAAACCAGGUCCACAAUCGUUCGUCGAGGAUAGGAACAGUUCGAAAUUGAAGUUAAGUAUCAACAAGCUUCUGGAAGUGGAGGAGCACGUCUGGUCACCAAUGUAUGGCCUCAAAGGCAACAUUGAUGCAACAGUUCAAGUUGCGUGCAAUGAAGGGGAAGGUGACAAAAACCUAGUCGUACCCCUUGAGCUUAAGACCGGCAAUAAGGAGACGAAUCAGGCCCAUCGGGCCCAAACCGCACUCUAUACCUUGCUACUCUCUGAUCGUUACGAUGUGGAAGUAACAUUUGGGCUUCUAUAUUACCUCGAGACGUCAAAAAUCAUGCGAAUCCGGGGCAUACGGCACGAGCUUUUGCACAUGAUACAGGAGCGUAAUCGGGUUGCGGGAUAUGUGCGGGAGAGAACAUAUUUACCGCCAAUGCUUAGGAAGCCGUCGAUGUGCAAUCGAUGUUACUCUAAGACAGCCUGCUUUAUCUACCACAAACUUGCUGAUGACGGAAAUGGCGAAACCAGCGGCCUUGGUGAAGAGUUCGAUAAAGCAAUGGAGCACCUGAAUCCCUCACAUCGUGACUUUUUCCGGAAAUGGGACGACCUUCUCACCAAGGAAGAAACGAGCAUGAUGAGAUUUAAGAGAGAACUAUGGACUUUGCUCAGCCAUGAGCGAGAAGCGCUUGGACGUUGUUUCGGUAACAUCGUUAUUGAGCCUGGAACAGCCUGCGAGGACAAAGAUGGGACUAAGAUCAAUCGGUACCGCUAUACCUUUGUUAAGAAACAACAGUCGCCCACAUUUUCAUUCGCUGAAUCCCAGAUCACCGUCGGAGAGCCUAUUGUAAUUUCAGACGAGAAGGGCCAUUUUGCUCUGGCCAAUGGAUAUGUUGUGCAAAUAAGCCCUAAGCGUGUUACUGUCGCGGUUGAUCGAAGACUUCACAACUCCAGAACAAAGGCAAGUGGAUUUGACUCUAUUCUGAACCAAUCUUUCAGGGGUAUUAUGGAGAUAGAGGGUGACACCCCUCCAUCUGAGUCUGCGGAAGAGACCCUUUAUCGGCUGGACAAAGACGAGUUCAGCAAUGGAAUGGCUAUAGUACGAAGCAACCUAAUUGCGAUGAUGGAGAAAGAUCUGUUCCAGGCUGGGCAGUUGAGGAAACUGAUUGUUGAAGGAAAGCCUCCUGCGUUUAAGCCGAACGUUCCUGAGCUGUCCGGAUUAGGCAUGGCCGGCCUAAACAUCGAUCAGAAACAAGCGAUCAAGAAGGUUAUGAGUGCGCAAGAUUAUGCACUGGUGCUGGGAAUGCCGGGAACAGGAAAAACCACGACCAUUGCUCAUAUUCUUCGGGCCCUUGUUGCUCAGGGGAAAAGUGUUCUCUUGACCUCGUACACGCACACCGCAGUCGACAACAUUCUAUUGAAAGUCCGAGACGACAACAUGCGCAUACUUCGCAUCGGAACAGUUGCUAAAGUACAUCCUGAAGUCCAUCAGUUCGCUGAACUCACCGCUACCCCCAAAAAGACCAUUGCCGAACUCAAAGCCACAUAUGAGGACUCACAGGUAGUUGCAACUACAUGCCUUGGUGUUGGUCACAACAUAUUCACUCAGCGUGUUUUUGAUUACUGCAUUGUUGAUGAGGCGUCCCAGAUUACACUGCCUGUUUGUCUGGGCCCUAUCCGAAUGGCGAAGACAUUUAUCCUCGUUGGUGACCAUUAUCAACUUCCCCCAUUAGUGCAAAACAAGGAGGCACAAGCAGGCGGUCUUGAUGUUAGUCUCUUCAAACUGCUUUCCGAUGCCCAUCCUUCCUCGGUAGUCAAUCUCGAACACCAAUAUCGAAUGUGCGAAGACAUCAUGCUUCUUUCCAACACGCUGAUCUACUCCGGUCGUCUUAAAUGCGGCACCGCCGAGGUCGCUGCGCGCUCCGUAGAGAUCCCGAACAUAGGCGGUCUCAAGCAGCACCACCUCAGCGAUUUCUCUCAGACCUGCAAUAGCCGCCAGCUGUGCUUGGGGACAAGUCAAAGCCGCUGCUGGCUACGCGAUCUAGUCGAUCCCUUAGCCAAAACUUACCUCGUCGACACGGACACUCUUGGAACACCCGCAGGUGAGGUCGCCAACGGCUCGCGAAUCGUUAACCCGAUUGAAGCAACCCUCUGCACACAGCUCGUAGAGGCAUUCAUCUCAUGCGGCAUUCCAGCCCGCAGCAUUGGCGUCAUCACAUUCUACCGCAGCCAACUCUCCCUCCUGAAACAGAACCUCCGUCAUCACCUCCCCGCCCUGGAAAUGCACACGGCAGAUAAGUUUCAAGGACGCGACAAGGAAGUUAUCAUCCUAAGUUGCGUCCGAAGCAACCAGGAAAAUUACGUCGGCGAUUUACUAAGUGACUGGCGCCGUGUGAAUGUCGCUUUCACAAGAGCCCGCACGAAGCUGCUCGUCCUGGGAAGCAAGAAUACCCUGCGCAACGGUAAUGAGCUCCUCAGCAAAUACGUGGAUCUAGUUGAGAAUCAGGGCUGGGUAUAUAGUCUCCCGAAAAACGCUGUGGAGAAUCAUAUCUUUGACGAAGUUCCUCUUUCGACGUAUGACCAAUCCACGCCUAGUCUGAUUAAGAGAGGUAGUCCCAGGAAGAGCCCGUCGGUGAUGAAGAAGACCGCCCGCAACCCGUUAAGUCCUGUUCAACAGAGACUGUUUCCGACGGAACCCAGAGAACCUGCGAAGAAGGGUAUGAAGCUCCUCAAUGGCCAAAAGAUCCUCGGGAAUCGACUGGUGUUGCAGGACGUGGUUAAUGACCUUGUGGGUUGA